UUAGAUUGCUAUGGGAUCGGUAGGGUCCUGAGCGUCGAAGAAGCAGGAAGGCAUAGCCCAAGAAGGGCUGCUGGGACUCACGAGAAGAAUCGAGCCCUGCUGGGAUUUUAUUUAGUUUUUGUUUGUUAUUUUUGGUCUUGCUUUGGCGGAGGGAGGGAGAGGAGGCUGAGCGGCUCGGUCGAACUUGAGGCGGCGCGAAGGCCCCCUCAGGCGGCGCCGAGGGCAGCCCCGAAGCCGGGGCCUGGCUCCGCCGCCGCGGCCGCUGUCAGGGAAGCGCAGGCGACCAAUGGAACCCGGGAGCGGCCACUGCUGCUGAGGCGGCGGUGUCGGCAGCCCGACUCCGACCGCCCGCACCCCCUCCGCGGGGGUCCCCUGGAGCCUGGAAGCUCGAAGGCUGGUGGUGGCCAUGGGAGACAUGAUGGUGGAACCCGCCCCCCUGAAGCCGGCUUCUGAGCCCACUCCCUGCCCACCAGGGAAUAGUGGGGGCUCCUUGCUAGGUGUCAUCACGGAGGGGGUCGGGGAACUGUCGGUGAUUGAUCGCGAGGUGGCUCAGAAGGCCUGCCGGGAGGUGCUGGAGCAGGUGCAGCUUUUGCGCGGAGGCCUGGCCAUCUCCCGCACCGGCGCCCCGCCAGAGCUGGUCAAUGGAGAUAUUUUGGACAGCGCCAUCCGUUGCCUGGACGAUCCACCUUCCCAGAUACGGGAGGAAGAAGAUGAAAUGGGGGCCACCGUGGCCUCGGGCACGGCCAAGGGAGCGCGGAGGCGGCGGCAGAACAACUCGGCCAGACAGUCCUGGCUGCUGAGGCUGUUUGAGUCCAAACUGUUUGACAUCUCCAUGGCUAUCUCCUACCUGUACAACUCCAAGGAGCCUGGGGUGCAGGCCUACAUUGGCAACCGGCUCUUCUGCUUUCGCGAUGAGGACGUGGAUUUCUAUCUGCCCCAGCUGCUUAACAUGUACAUCCACAUGGAUGAGGACGUGGGCGACGCCAUCAAGCCCUACAUAGUGCAUCGCUGCCGCCAGAGCAUUAACUUUUCCCUGCAGUGCGCCCUGCUGCUCGGGGCCUACUCCUCGGACAUGCACAUUUCCACUCAGCGACACUCCCGUGGGACCAAGCUCCGGAAGCUGAUCCUCUCAGACGAGCUGAAGCCGGCUCACCGGAAGAGGGAGCUGCCCUCUUUGAGCCCAGCACCUGACAUGGGGCUGUCUCCCUCUAAGAGGACUCACCAGCGCUCCAAGUCGGACGCCACCGCCAGCAUAAGUCUCAGCAGCAACCUGAAACGAACAGCCAGCAACCCUAAAGUGGAGAAUGAGGAUGAGGAGCUCUCCUCCAGCACCGAGAGUAUUGAUAAUUCAUUCAGUUCCCCCGUCAGACUGGCUCCUGAGCGAGAAUUCAUCAAGUCCCUGAUGGCAAUUGGCAAGCGGCUGGCCACUCUACCCACCAAGGAGCAGAAGACACAGCGGCUGAUCUCAGAGCUCUCUCUGCUCAACCACAAGCUCCCCGCCCGCGUGUGGCUGCCCACUGCUGGCUUUGAGCACCAUGUGGUCCGGGUGCCCCACACCCAGGCCGUCGUCCUCAACUCCAAGGACAAGGCUCCCUACCUGAUCUAUGUGGAAGUCCUUGAAUGUGAAAAUUUUGACACCACCAACGUCCCUGCCCGGAUCCCCGAGAACCGAAUCCGGAGCACACGGUCCGUGGAGAACCUGCCCGAGUGUGGUAUCACCCAUGAGCAGCGGGCAGGCAGCUUCAGCACAGUGCCCAACUAUGACAACGAUGACGAGGCCUGGUCGGUGGAUGACAUAGGCGAGCUGCAGGUGGAGCUCCCUGAGGUGCACACCAACAGCUGUGACAACAUCUCCCAGUUCUCUGUGGACAGCAUCACCAGCCAGGAGAGCAAGGAGCCUGUGUUCAUAGCCGCAGGGGACAUCCGACGGCGGCUCUCGGAGCAGCUGGCUCACACCCCCACGGCCUUCAGACGAGACCCGGAAGACCCUUCGGCAGUUGCUCUCAAAGAGCCCUGGCAGGAGAAAGUAAGGCGCAUCAGAGAGGGCUCCCCCUAUGGCCACCUCCCCAAUUGGCGGCUACUGUCAGUCAUUGUUAAGUGUGGGGAUGACCUUCGGCAGGAGCUCCUGGCCUUCCAGGUGUUAAAGCAACUGCAGUCCAUUUGGGAACAGGAGCGAGUGCCCCUGUGGAUCAAGCCAUACAAGAUCCUUGUGAUUUCGGCUGACAGCGGCAUGAUCGAACCUGUGGUCAACGCUGUGUCCAUCCACCAGGUGAAGAAGCAGUCACAGCUCUCCCUGCUUGAUUACUUCCUGCAGGAGCACGGCAGCUACACCACCGAGGCGUUCCUCAGUGCCCAGCGCAAUUUUGUGCAAAGUUGUGCUGGCUACUGCUUGGUCUGCUACUUACUCCAAGUGAAGGACAGACACAAUGGAAACAUCCUUUUGGAUGCAGAAGGCCACAUCAUACACAUCGAUUUUGGCUUCAUCCUGUCCAGUUCACCCCGAAACCUGGGCUUUGAGACGUCGGCCUUUAAGCUGACCACAGAGUUUGUGGACGUGAUGGGGGGCCUGGAUGGCGACAUGUUCAACUACUACAAGAUGCUGAUGCUGCAGGGGCUGAUCGCAGCCCGCAAGCACAUGGACAAAGUGGUACAGAUCGUCGAGAUCAUGCAGCAAGGCUCCCAGCUUCCUUGCUUCCACGGCUCCAGCACCAUCCGCAACCUCAAGGAGCGGUUCCACAUGAGCAUGACCGAGGAGCAGCUGCAGCUGCUGGUGGAGCAGAUGGUGGACGGCAGCAUGCGGUCCAUCACCACCAAACUCUACGACGGCUUCCAGUACCUCACCAACGGCAUCAUGUGACGCCCUCCUCCUCAGGCCCCGGAGGGGUGGGGGGGUUUGGGGGGGACCCCUGGGAGGGCCCUUGUCCCAGAACCCCCAGACCAGGAAGCCCUACCCACGGGAAGUGGAAGGCAAGGAAUACAGAGGAUCAUGUGGUUAACUGUAGAGCUUGCUGGGAGUGGGAGAGCCUGUCGCGGGGCCCACGCCUGCCGGGGCUCCCUUGCCCCCGGCAGCGUCAGCGUCCCCACUGGACAGACCGCGGGACUCGGUGCCCUCCGGAGAACAGAGGUGACAGGUGGGAGGGGCACUGGGGUUUUUCUCCUCCUCACCAGGGUCCACGAGGUUCUUUCCACGGGCCAUCCUUACUGUGCUGGGUCCAGGGCGGGGGGAGGGGGGAGAGAAGGGUCUUGGGACUAGAGACUCGAUCCUGUGGUUGGCCUUUGGCUGUGCUGCUGCCUGCCUCCGUCCCCUCCCAGCAGCCGGCUCUGGCUGGGGUCCUGGUGCCCAUCCCGGGGUGGGGUGAGGAAGGGAAGGGCCCGGACCCCUCCUGUGGGGGAGGGGACCAGCCCAGCCACGGGAAUUCCUUGGCCCGAACCCUUCCCCCGCAUCCAGGGAAAGAGCUCUCAACUUUUUAUUUUUAAUUUUUGUUUGAAAUAAAGUCCUUAGUUAGCCAUCUGUGUCA